GUCCAGGCCAACCGUGUGGCUGUCUGAGGUGUUGGAACGGAAGGAGGUCCAUUCCUGUUGGUGACAACAUUGUGGCCCUGCUCUGAGAUGACCGAGGUAUAAAGGGGCCGUGCGUGUCGUAACUGAAAAUGUCUGACAGUCUGGAGAAUGAAGAGAAACCCCCAGCUCCCCCACUCAGGAUGAAUAGUAACAACCGAGAUUCAUCAGCGCUCAACCACAGCUCCAAACCUCUGCCCAUGGCACCUGAGGAGAAGAAUAAGAAAGCCCGGCUGCGCUCUAUCUUCCCAGGAGGAGGGGAUAAAACCAAUAAGAAGAAAGAGAAAGAGCGCCCAGAGAUUUCUCUUCCUUCAGACUUUGAGCAUACGAUUCAUGUGGGGUUUGAUGCAGUCACCGGGGAAUUCACUAUGGGUGAAGGAAAAGAUGUGGCUAGAAACAUGUCCCCAGGAAGAUCAACUACCUUUUCCAUACUAAACUCCCCUUUCCAGACCUCUAGACCUGUGACGGUCGCUUCAAGUCAAUCAGAGGGAAAAAUGCCAGAUCUCUAUGGCUCACAGAUGUGCCCAGGGAAGCUCCCAGAGGGGAUUCCUGAACAGUGGGCCCGAUUACUCCAAACCUCCAACAUAACAAAACUGGAACAGAAGAAGAACCCACAGGCUGUUCUCGAUGUUCUCAAGUUCUAUGAUUCCAAAGAAACAGUUAACAACCAGAAAUACAUGAGCUUUACGUCAGGAGAUAAGAGUGCACAUGGAUACAUAGCAGCCCAUCCUUCGAGUACCAAAACUGCAUCUGAGCCUCCUUUGGCUCCUCCUGUUUCUGAAGAAGAAGAUGAGGAAGAGGAGGAGGAAGAAGAUGAUAAUGAACCUCCACCUGUCAUUGCACCGAGACCAGAGCAUACAAAAUCAAUCUACACUCGCUCCGUUGUUGAAUCCAUCGCCUCACCAGCAGCACCAAAUAAAGAGGUCACGCCACCUUCCGCAGAGAACGCCAAUUCCAGUACUCUGUACAGGAACACGGAGCGGCACCGGAAGAAAUCCAAGAUGACCGAUGAAGAGAUCCUUGAGAAGCUCAGAAGCAUUGUGAGUGUUGGCGACCCAAAGAAAAAGUACACAAGAUUUGAGAAAAUUGGUCAAGGGGCAUCAGGUACCGUUUACACAGCUUUAGACAUCGCAACAGGACAAGAGGUGGCCAUAAAGCAGAUGAACCUUCAACAGCAGCCCAAAAAGGAAUUAAUUAUUAAUGAAAUCCUAGUCAUGAGGGAAAAUAAGAACCCCAACAUUGUUAAUUAUUUAGAUAGCUACUUAGUGGGUGAUGAACUAUGGGUUGUCAUGGAAUACCUGGCCGGAGGCUCUCUGACUGAUGUGGUCACAGAGACCUGUAUGGAUGAAGGACAGAUAGCAGCUGUCUGCAGAGAGUGCCUCCAAGCCUUGGAUUUCUUGCACUCGAACCAAGUGAUCCAUAGAGACAUAAAGAGUGACAAUAUUCUGCUCGGGAUGGAUGGCUCUGUGAAACUGACUGAUUUUGGGUUCUGUGCCCAGAUCACCCCUGAGCAAAGUAAACGGAGCACCAUGGUAGGAACCCCCUAUUGGAUGGCACCCGAGGUGGUAACUCGAAAAGCUUAUGGACCGAAAGUUGACAUCUGGUCUCUGGGGAUUAUGGCCAUCGAAAUGGUAGAAGGCGAACCCCCUUACCUUAAUGAAAAUCCACUCAGGGCAUUAUAUCUGAUAGCCACUAAUGGAACACCGGAGCUCCAGAAUCCCGAGAGACUGUCAACUGUCUUCCGUGACUUUUUAAACCGCUGUCUUGAGAUGGAUGUGGAUAGGCGAGGAGCUGCCAAGGAGCUGUUGCAGCAUCCAUUUUUAAAAUUAGCCAAGCCUCUCUCCAGCCUGACUCCCCUGAUUAUCGCUGCCAAGGAAGCGAUUAAAAACAGCAGCCGCUAGGACGGCAAACCUUACCCGCCAUCAUCUCCCUCAUGAGAAGGACUGAAAAAACAAACAAACGCUGCUGCCGAAGAGAUGGAAGAAAAGACGAGCAAAAUGAAGCCAGAGGGGUGGAUGGUGGUGGGGAGGGGCUUUCACUUUCAACAAAUCGAACCUUCUUGUAAGCCUUUUUUCCUAUGGCCUCAGAUUCUGUAAUUUAUUUGUAAGCCCGAAUCGCAGCCCCAACAGGGCAGCAAUGUGGAAGUGGCCAGCAAAAAUGGUCACUUCCCUCGUGAAGCGCAAGAGCCAGUAGUGAAUCCCCUCAUUUUGUGCAUUCGCUUUGAAGAAGAAAGUUUCUCAAAGGUGCACACUCCCGCUCCAUCGUGUUGUCUUCACUUUUAAGUUAGAGAGUAGUCCCUCUUGCCUUGGACCCUCCAUCAACAUUCCUUAUCCACUGUGAUGGUUUUCACAUGCAUUCUCAUUAGAUGUCCACGAAACCAACCAACCAACAAAAUGUCCACACUUUUUAUUAAAAAAAAGCAAGCAAAAACAACCAAAAAAAGAAAGCAAAAAAAACUCCCUACACAAAAAAAUUAUAAGCUGAGCAAGGACUGUGUGCACAUGUGGAAGUCCACGCCCUAAUAGAGUUGUAAUUUUUUGAUUCUUCUAGAGUGGUGGCUUGGUUUGUGUACCUAUUUUUUCCACAUUUCUAUUGGGAGAGGUUUCUUUUUAAGACAUUUUCCAAAGGAGAGGAACAUGUGUGUUCAGGAAGGGCUUUUUAAAAACUGCAUAUUGAAAUAAAGCUCCCUUGGUGAAAUCCUGUCACAUUUUCAAAAGGAUGCUUAAAAGAGGCAGUUGAUUGAUCAUUCAUAGACACCAGCUUGCUCAUCUUCAUGAUGCUGCAACAGAGACACAGUGAAACAGGGCCACUCCUGCCAGGCCAGUCCAGAUCCUGCACCUGGAAGAGCCUGAUAGGAGAACUAAGACGGGACUUUCUCUGAGAAACACAAGGACAACAGGAUGAGGUGUCCCUCUGAAAAUACUUGUAACAUGAACAAAGGUGAAAAGGUACCUUAUUGAAUCUUCUUGUGUGCUUGUGGAGCACAGAACACUGAAAACAGGUACAUCGGUGGGCGGGGGGGUAGGCAGUGAACCCCAUUUCCAGGUGAUAAAAAUGAUCCCUUUUGACAACUCAUCAUCUUUUCUUCUUUCUUUCUUUUUUUUCUAAAGAGCUGGUGAGCCAGAUCUCACAGACAUCCACUCUGUAAGAAAUAGGAGGUCAGUGAGAACUCUCUAUCCCAACCAGUAUUUGGCUCUAGGUGAUUGUCCCCUAUUGAUCCCCUCGGUAUCCUCCGUUUGUGUUUCACAAUGCAGUGUGUUCCUGUGUUGUCCCUCUCAGGCGUUUGCAUUUUAACAUUUUGUUAGUGGAAACCAUUUUGGCCGCCAUUCAUACAUCCCAAAAAAUAUCAGUCCAAAUGAAUUCCUUCUGUAGCUUGGACCAUUGUUUCACCAUACAUCUAUUUCCCCCCCCAAAACCCACCAGUUGACACUUCAGAAAAGUUCUGAACAGAGAAAAAUAUCUGGAGGAUGCCAGCAUGGAAAAUGAUAGGGUAUUGUCGAUUUUAUCAAUUCUGGGAGGUUUUUUUCUCUAUGUCUUGGGGAAGCUAACAAUUGAUGAAGCAUAAGGCUUAUUGAUUUUCAGUAUAUCAAUAAACUGGAUAGUCGCCAUUGACGGUAACGAAGACAUCAAUGAUGUGAGCCUCUCUGUCAAGGUGUAUCGCCCAUCUAACCAACUAUUCUUAAACUGAAAGCACUUUCCUUAGAGUUUCUGCAAACCGUGCAGUGCACUUGUUUGGGUUUAGGAGAUGGAACCAGGGGUGGAGAAUCCUAUUUUCCUAAUUUUUUUCUUUGACCAUAAAAUGGGAUAGGGCUUGACACCUCUCCCCACCCCCCAUCCCCAUGUUCAGGGAAAAUCCACCCAGAAGGGAUAAAGCAAGAAAUAUGAAAAGAAAAAUCAUUGGUUAGAAUUCAUUGGGGGCAUACCAUGUUAUAUUUUGUCACACGUUGGCUGGGCCUGAAAAUCGUAAUACCACGCUGUUCUAAUGAGAGAUGGAGGCCUUAAUUUUUAUUUUAUUUAAAAUUAAGGUGCUUUUGUUAUUUUCUUUUCCUUUUUUUUUUUGGAGUGGAGAUGGUUUUUCUUUCACUCAUCAUGCCAGGGAAUCCAAUGAAAUCCCUAGAAUUCAGUACAUUGAUGACUGGGGCCUUCCAGGACAGGAAGGCCCCAAACUGACCGAGAAGCCCUAGUUGUCGGCAUCUUUUCUAAGUCAUAAAGGGUUUUUAUUUUUGGUUUUUGGUUUUAAGACCCUGGAGCAGUGAUCCUUCAGAUCACUGUAGGCAGAGAAAAGGCUGAUCUUUCACACUUUCAGGUUCUGCAUAAUAAAGAUGAGGAGCCGCGUACUUUACCAUUACUUCGUGACCAAGAUUUGAUGGUCAUGUAGCCCAGUAGGCAUUCCCCUUACAAAUGUAUUUCUAUGUAUAUUUUACAACGAGAACAACUUUUAAUCUCUGGUCCCUAAAGCCCCUUCCCUGUGUUGGAGAAUUGUGUAUAUUUCUAUGAAGUAUUAGAGAGAAGCUGUUUCUCCUGGCCAAAAGGAUGGUGAAGAACUCUCAUUUGAUACACUUGAACAACUUGGACUCCGGAUGGGUGAUAGUUGAUCCCCUUUCCCUGUUUUUUUGUUUUGUUUUGUUUUAUUUAGCUCAUCUUGACACAGGUGAGUCUAUCCAGAUCUUUAAUGUUGCGAGUGUGCCCUGAGACUACGAGGGCACAUUGUCGAAUGUUGAUUCAAAAUGUCCUGAGAUAGGGAUAGGGCAGUGGGAAAGUCAGGGAAGGGUGAGAAGCACAGUAGAAACUAUUUAUUUAAGAAAGAAAAGAGCAUUAACGUUGUAGCAAGGAUCCGGUGCGUUGUCGUAAUCCCAGGAGGAUUUUGGGUUGUCCCAAUCCCCUCGGAUCAGUCACCAUGUUGAGUAAUGACUUCGUUCUUGCUGAUCUCGUCUGUGUGUCAUUGUAAAUAUUUGUGUGUCUGUGCUCCAUUUUGGCUACUGGAUGGCCAAGUCAUGUCAGAAAGUUUGACUCAAGUAUUUAUUCUUCGGUUGUGUUGGUCAGAUUUCUUUCAGGCUUGUGAAUUUGCACCUCACUGUUUCAGUUUAACCGCCUGAUCACAUCUCUCUAUCCCCCCUGUGAAGCACAUUCCAUUACUAAAAGAAAAAGAAAACUAAGAAAUUGCUUCUUGUUGUUUGUAUAACUGUUUUGAUAGUUUGAGAUGUUUGUCUAUAAAAGAUAUCUCUCAGUCAAAGAUUGUGUAAAUAUAUUCCUUUGCUCAAUGGGUUGUUUAUUUCUGACGAGGCUGCCAGUUCUCAGAGGGGAAAGAAUCUAUACAAUCACUUCUAAAUCACAUAAAUAGAUUGCCACGAUGUAAAAAUAAGUGUGCGUAAGGACAGAGACUGGGAACACAGAUAAUUGAAAUCCAUUGUGUUAGGGUGGUAGGAUUAUAAAUUGUUUCUUCUGUUUUAAACUAUCCUUCAAUGCUGUCAUUAUAUUGUUUCAUAGUAAAUAAACACCAGAAAGGGAACUAUAGAAACCUAGAGAAGAUACCAGAAGCAGAGCCUUCUGGCCAGAGCCCAGAGCAUGCAGGGCACAGAUAUUUGCUAGUUAUAAUGAUUCCAUAGGCUUUCUACUUGCCUGAGUGCUGAGGUUGGCAUACGCUUGGGGAUGGCACGUGCUUUCUUCUCUGUACGUUAAAGCUAGGGCGAACUCACUAGCAGAACUUGGGAUACAUCCUUCUGCUUGCAAGAUGGCUGGUUACUUUUUUAUUGGAGGGGUGGUACUUACUUAACCAAUCCCCUUCAUAAUAUCUAUUUCAGAUACCACCUAUCUGGAUCAUUUUAGCACAUUAUAAGGUUGACUUUUUGAGGGAUCGAAGGCUAGAAUCCCCAGCCCUCACCAUUUCCUUGUCUGGCCAGAUAUUAUAUCAUCUAGGUAGGAGGCGCCUUUGGAUGGCCACUAGGCAAGUCAGGGCUAUUUCAACAGCGAUGAUGAUUUGCAAUGAAAAGCUGCCUGUGAAAAGAAAACAGUCCGACUGAAAUGUAGACCCGCCUUGUCUGUUGACCUUCAGUCGUGGGCCUGUUAGCGCUGGGUCGCGGGGCUCCCCACAUGCUUUCUCUCUUGCUAGACUGCAGCUUGUGUGCAGCCAUUGGGGCUUCUAAAGAGGCAGGGAGAGCACCAAGCAAAGGAGAUGAAUUUCCUUCAAACUCACAAGAGACGUGAGGAGAGGACUUGGAUAACGAUGUCGUAACCUCCUAUCCCUCAAUUUCACCCAAAGCAGACUCUUAUCUCUAGAGAAUCCAGAGGCUUCCCACUGACUAUCCUCAAGGUAAAAAUAGCAAUGAGUGUCUUAGUUCUGCCACCCCCAUUUUAAUCUCAUGGUCCUUUGCUUAGCUACUUGCCAUUCAUAUUCCAUUCAACAAACAGCGUGACCGGGAGGCAAGGUUUUCCCAGUCUCCUAACAUGAGGACUGAAAUUCAGUAUUUGUAAACCCACAUAGUCUCCUGGGCCUGGCUGGGAUUUUGAGUAGGCUUAAUGUACAAUCUGGACAUAUAUUUGCAUGUGGAUUGGUAAAGACAUGAAUGGGACCUUAGAAACAAUGGAAAUCUUUUUCCUAAGAAAAACAUUUUAAUAAGAGCUUUGAUUCUGAUAGGAUCUUUCGGUUGGUUAGCUUUGAUUUGUUCACUCCUUUUUCGGACCUCACGCAUGGGGAAUUUCUGCUUUAUAUGAAAGACCAUCUGCAAGUGCAGGAACUGAGGUAGCACCUCCACGCUCGCACCUCCAAGUACAAGGGGACUUGUAGCACUUAUGCUGCCACUGAAUAUCGCUGAACUUGCAAGAUCAACUUCUGGAAGCUGGGUAGUGCCCCUUAGAGGUUUCUUUGCAAGCUGACAUUGGGUGAAUAAUGUCACAUUAUGCCAGCAGCUGGGCAGGCACCUUGUUCAUCUGAUUUUGUACCUAAGAGAAAAUAAACAGCAAUUCUAGAGACUCAUCGGAUGUCGCGAGUGGAAGGACUACUAGUCUAGGAAUAUAUGAGCUACCUUACUGACUUAACUGUGACCUUGUACAAAUCACUUAGCCAUUCUGUGGCUCGGUUUUCUUGGCUGUGAAAUGAGGGUAUUGGACUAGAUGAUCUCUUCAAGGUCUUUCUAAGCACCCCGCCCCCACAUUCUCCCUACAGGUUGACUCACAAAUUCAGCCUGAGAAAGUGAUAGCAAAUAUCACAGGCUUAAGCCUAGGUCUCCUGUUGCAAUUGAAUAUUAGAACUCCAUGAGAUGAUUAAACAACUCAAGGCAAAGAACUUAAGAAUACUAAGGCAUGGUGAUUAAACUGUGGCAGCCUUUCAAUCUGUUCACAGUUGCUUUCUUUUUUUAUUUUAAUGUCCUCUUUCUGUUGCGUGUUCCCAGUUUUCAUUUUCCAUACACUCUGUGCGUGAAGUCUGGUUUUCAUUAAGCUGUGGCCACUAGUUGCUACUACAAGAGAAACACACUGUUGUAGUUGCUAGAAGAGGACUACCCGGGGGCCUCUACUUUUUUCCCAAGCAGUGCUGGCUGGCUUGAUAGAGAUUAAUUCUCAAAUGGCACAAGAUGGCAGAACCUAUACAUUUUAAUGGCUGGAACUACAAAGAGUAGACCUAGCACUUGCAGGUUGCAGAGAGGAAAAUGAACAAAGCUAUUAGCAUUAAGGAGUGUGCAAAAUCUACUUGUAGGGAAGUCAAGAUAGCAUUUCUCAUGAAAACUCCUGCAGUUAUUGACUAGUUGUAUGAGGAUGCUGCUGGAAAGAAGGGAUACUGGAAGUUAAGUCAGGGGGCCAGUCCCAAUGCCCUGCCUACAAGCAGAGUGCCAACCAGCCCUGAGGGCUAAAUUCAAGUUUAAUGUGUGUGCCUGUGCGUGGGGUGCUUUAUGGACCCGCAUAUACUGUAUUCUUUGGUGACGGUAAGCUCUUUCACAGAACCCCAUAACCAUUAACGGGUUGGGUUGUGGAUCUCAGUGCAUCAGCUAGGCAGAGCUAGAUCAUAAGGGGACUGAUGUCUACUGGGAUUCGAUUGGUAAUAUCCAUACCACACCAGUCAAGGAGAAUCUGCAUUUUCAUUGUUUAUCCAAAUGGUACCUCAUUUGGCUGUGCAUUGCUUUUGUUAGAAUGUGUUAUCUGUAAACUCACGUGUAGUGAAAUUCUUCUGUAACUUUGGAUUAGAGGUAUUUAUGGUCUGUUUUGUUUGUUUGGCUUUCAACUGAGUCACUUCCUUUGUAGACCGGCUGAUGGUACGGUUCCAUCUUUCUGACCUCAGCAUCUGCCCUUCUUAAGGAUUUGUUUUGGUUCCAAUGCUGUUCCUUUACAUUGUGGUUGAAGCAAUAGAAAAUUGAAAUAUGGAUUGUGCAUGACUGUGUCUUGAGUGUAAAAAUAUUGCAGUUUGAAACUUGGACCUGAAGUAUUGCCAAUAAAAAUGACAAAC